GUGCCACACCCGCUGACCAACACCAGACUGAUUACCAGGCACGUGCGGACGACGAUGAAAGUACCUCCGACCACACCUACGAAGCCAUGCCGGGUGCCACACCCGCCGACCAACACCAGACUGAUUACCAGGCACGUGCGGACAACGAUGAAAGUACCUCCGACCCAACCAACUCCACCAUACAGGUAGGCAUCGAUGAGUGUAAAAAGAAACCAUGUCAACAUGGCCGCUGUGGAAACAAAGAUGUCGGGUAUAAUUGUACCUGCUCACCUGGAUGGACUGGACAUGACUGUGAAAAUGACGUCGAUGAGUGUAAAGAGAAUCCAUGUAAACAUGGACGCUGUGUGAACAAAGAUGGCGGAUACAAUUGUACCUGCUCACCUGGAUGGACUGAACAUGACUGUGAAAAUUACGUCGAUGAGUGUAAAGAGAAACCAUGUAAACAUGGACGCUGUGAGAACAAAGAUGGCGGAUACAAGUGUACCUGCUCACCUGGAUGGACUGGACAUGACUCUGAAAAUGACGUCGAUGAGUGUAAAGGGAAUCCAUGUAAACAUGGACGCUGUGUGAACAAAGAUGGCGGAUACAACUGCAUCUGCUCACCUGGAUGGACUGGACAUGACUGUGAAAAUGACGUCAAUGAGUGUAAAGAGAAUCCAUGUAAACAUGGACGCUGUGUGAACAAAGAUGGCGGAUAUAAGUGUUCCUGCUCACCUGGAUGGACUGGACAUGACUGUGAAAAUGACGUCGAUGAGUGUAAAGAGAAUCCAUGUAAACAUGGCCGCUGUGUGAACAAAGAUGGCGGAUAUAAGUGUACCUGCUCACCUGCAUGGACUGGACAUGACUGUGAAAAUGACGUCAAUGAGUGUAAAGAGAAUCCAUGUAAACAUGGACGCUGUGUAAACAAAGAUGGCGGAUACAGCUGUAUCUGCUCACCUGGAUGGACUGGACAUGACUGUGCAAAUGACGUUAAUGAGUGUAAAGAUAAUCCAUGUAAACAUGGCGGCUGUGUGAACAAAGAUGGCGGAUAUAAGUGUACUUGCUUACCUGGAUGGACUGGACAUGACUGUGAAAAUGACGUCAUUGAGUGUAAAGAGAAUCCAUGUAAACAUGGCCGCUGUGUGAACAAAGAUGGCGGAUACAGCUGUACCUGCUUACCUGGAUGGACUGGACAUAACUGUGAAAAUGGUGAGUCCAAUUGA